AUGAUAAAUCACAUUCACACGUACUUUCUUAGGCUGGCUAGUGGCUCCUCAUAAACCACCGACGAAGUCUUCCAUGGCGAGCAAACUCACCCACCCCAGACAAUAGAGAUCGAACAUACAGAACUUUCUCCUCUUUCUCUUGAUCUCUUCCUUCCAAGAUUCUGGGGUGUAAGUACUAAGUAGCCAUAACCAUUAACCAUUAUUCAUUAUCCUCCUUCGUCCUUUAAUUCGAUUCAAUUUCCAUUCCCCUUCGCUUAUUUUGUUUUCUUCCUUUCUUGUUUUUUCUAUUCGUGUCCUUCAUUUCCUACACAUUUUUACACAUACCCAAUUUCCUCUUUUCUUCUUCAAUUUGGCACCGACACGAUUCAUAUUUCCAAUUUACUUCACUAUUAACUCAACGGAAUCCUAAUUCCAUCUGAGAAUUUUAGUAAUUAUGGAUGAUUUUGGUGUUUUAGUAAAAAAUUAUGGGAUCAAACCUCAAGGAAAAUCAGCUCCAAUGGCUUCUUCUAAAUCAGCAACAAAAACUACCCGUAAUUACAACACUAUAGAUCCGUCUUUUGGGACCAAACCCUUUUCUAAUUCUGCAAAUUCAGGAACUGGGUCAUUUUUCAAUGAUCAAAAUGAUGAUAUAUUCGGGUUCAACUCAAGUAACAAGCCUAAUAAUUAUGCAAGUUCAGAUGUUUUUGAUGAUGUUUUUCAAUUACCCAAAAAUGUUCCUACCUCUUCAAGUGGAGGUGGAGGUGGAGAAUUCGACUUUGAUAUGGAAUCGAUGUUCAAAGGUUCAAUGAAUUUGAACUCCAAAUCGGUGGACAUUAAAGAGGAGGAUCUUAUUUGGGGGUUUUCAGGAAAAGGGAGUACUAAUAAUGUGGUAAUGGGAAAUAAUGACUUGUUAUCAUCUGAUCCAGUUGAUGAUUUCUUUGGUAAAUUGGGAAAUUUGAGCUCUAAUCAAAAAAGCCUUGAAAUGAUGACCAAUGAUGAUUUGAUUCCUGGGUUUGGGAUUAGCAAUGCCAAUAUUAGUAGAGCUCAGUCUGGUUCAAGAGAGAAGAGUUCAGGUUCUUCUUCUAUCGAGGAGCUUGAAGAUUUUGCCACUGGCAUUCUAAAAAAGAACGAUAAAGGGAAGCGAAAUGAAUUUUCAGUUAAGAAAGAAGCAAAGACAGUUAGCAAAAAACCACAGGAGGUGAACUUCUUUGAUAUACAGGAAAACUUUAAUGUUGAUAGUAUGCAUAGUCAUAAGGUGGAGAAGGCAACUGAGCCAAUGUUUCCAGAAGCAGCAACGGAUCUGGAUUCAUUUUUCAGUGCACACGUUAAAAAAAAGAGUGUACCUGUAACUGAAGACACAGUUAUAAAUGGAAAAACCAACGAAGUACCGGAUCUGUUUUCUGGAACCACAUUUAAAAUGGAGAAAAAAAUGGCACCAAACGAUUUUCCUGAUGAUUUUUCAUCAAUAUUUGGAGGUGCCCCAGUUUCGGGUGUGUUUGAGGAAAUUGAAGGAGAAAGUGAGGAAAGACGCAGACUAAGAUUCGAACGCCACCAAAGAGCGAAGGCACGCAUGGAAAAUGCAUUAGCAGAAAUGAAUCAACGUGAAUAUGAGGCGCAGCAGGAACAGGAAGAAAGACAUAGGAUUUCUGAUGCUAUGGAUGUGGAGAUGAAGCGAUGGGCUGCUGGGAAAGAGGGAAACUUGCGAGCACUGCUGUCAUCUUUGCAACUGGUGCUCGCCCCUGAACUUGGUUGGCGACCGGUUACUUUAACUGACUUGAUUACUUCAUCUCAAGUAAAGAUCGCAUACAAAAAGGCUGCUCUGUGUGUCCAUCCUGAUAAAGUGCAGCAAAAAGGUGCAAGUCUUGAACAAAAGUUUGUUGCAGAGAAAGUUUUUGAUCUACUGAAGGAAGCAUGGAAUAAGUUCAAUACGGAGGAGCUUCGAUAGUAAAUUUGCAUCGCGUCUUUGAUCAUUCCUUUGUACUUUGUAGUUGAUCACGUCUGUUGAGUUUUGUAAUAAUAGAGUUUUAUGAUAGAUUUUUAAAUUUUCUUUUUGUUAGAAUGUAAAGUUGUUGCCUGUGGCUGUGUCUAAAAUAUACAUCUAUGUAAGUUUAAUGUUUUUUUCACAGAUAUAUAUACAUAUAUAUAUAUAUAUAUUUGAUAUGAUAAGUCCGAGUUUAUCUAUUUAUUUUUAUGAUUAUUGAGCUGGUCUUGUAUAGAUUUAGUGCACACUAAAAGAGUCCACUAAACCUUAAAUUAAAGGUGUGAGUUAGAGUGGUGAAGGGGAAAUGUUGUAGGAACAAUUGAUCGAGGAGAUGGACAUGAAAUUCUUUUUUCCUCCUAGCUUGACGGUAUUUGGAGUCAUCCCCCUUAAACUUGCCAUAAUUAGAAAUGGUUUCUUAAGAAUUUUGGGGUUAAUGGAAACCAAUAUACUUGCGCCCCAAGACGUAUCACAACCUUAAUUACAAAAUAUUGGCUCGGCUACAUAAAUCAAUUGGCAAUUGAAUAAUUCUAGUGGUUAUCCUCGUGAAUUCUCUUUUUCUUAUCCAU